UUUUUUUUUUUUUUUUUUUUUUUUUUUUCUAACCUGCCAUCACUGUCACACACACAUAUAUACACGCUUUCUUUUUUUUCUUUCUUUUUUAAUUUUUUUUUUAUAAAGUUGCCAUGGAGUCAUACACGUUAGAAUUAUCUCCUCAACGUGGUCCUGUCCAUUUUGCCUUGUUUCAAAACGUCACUAAUGCCACUGAAUUAAGAAAGAGAUCCAUCGAUCAAGAUCCCACACUGGGUCUUUGCAUUAUUGACGCACACAUGAUUCUAAACAAGUUUCACUUGUUGUUGGCCGUGAAUCGAGCACUCCACGAUGAACAAAUCAAGUUGAAAACAAACAAUGUCGAGUCAGAAAUCGCCUUUUCCUUUGGCAUCAAUAAUAAUAUUGGUAAAACGUUUAUAGCGUUUGGUGUCAAGGUGGAGACAACAGACUUGAUGGUGAUCCGUGUAGGAAGUAGCACCGCUCAAGAAGCUGAAGCAUAUAUUAAGGAACGCGUGGAAGGUGAAAUGGUCUCCUUUGAUCAUCUUGCCUCUAUCCGAGACAUGGAUGCCAUCAAAAAGAUAUAUCAAAUCGACAGCCAAAUACAAAAGGAGGAUGAAAUCAUGUCUUUAAUUUCAGGCGCCAUGGCUUUAAAGGGGCAUUAACAAAAAAAGAAAUAAAAGGUUAUAAUUUAGAAUCUCCCUGAAGAUUGCCUUCAUCUACAAUAUCCAGUCCCAUUUGAGCCACCUGUUUAAAUCGAGCAGCAAAACUCUUGGCUUCGGCUGAA